CUCAAAUGGUACGACAUAUGGAUGGAUAAUCCUUUAAUGAAUGUUGACGGCCUUCAAAUUGAAGGUCUUGUUGCUGAUAUGUAUCGGCAAAUAACACGAGCAAUUAGAACAUUCCAAGAAUUUCCAAAGGUGCAGGCAGUUGCAAUUAUGAUAAGGGAUCAAAUAGAUGAAUUCAAACCGUUUAUACCUCUGAUACAAGCUCUCAGAGAGCCAGGAAUGAAGGAUCGCCAUUUUGAGCAAUUGAGCGCGCAAACUGGAAUAUUAAUGGCUCUUAAACCCACCAUAACAUUUAAAAGCCUGUUAAUUCUCGGUAUUAAAGAGUUUGAGGAAUUGGUGAAAAUGGUCGCCGAUACAGCGGCCAAAGAAUAUGCUACAGAACGAACAUUGAAUAAAAUGAUCGAAGAAUGGGAAACGAUUGUUUUUGAGACUCUUCCAUACAAAACUACCGGAACGUAUAUAAUAAAGGUCGCGGAGGAAAUAUUGAUGAUGCUAGAUCAUCAUAUUCUUAACGUGCAACAGCUUGCAUACAGUCCACUGAAGACUGCCUUUGAGGACGAGAUCAAUGAAUGGGAGAGGAAGUUAAAUUUGACACAAAAAGUUCUUUAUCUAUGGAUAGAAGUACAAAGAGAGUGGAUGUAUCUGGAACCAAUAUUUACUUCGGAAGAUAUUAAAGUUCAGUUACCUUUGGAAACAAGGAAAUACAACGCCAUGGAGCGAAACUGGAGACGAAUCAUGAAAAAUGCUUAUGAAAAUCCUUACGUAAUUUUAAUUUUAAUAUAUUCUAUCAUAUGAAACAUAUAUUCUAUUGUGCGAUAUUUAAUACGAUUGAAAAUUGAAAUAUUUGAUCAAUUAUGAAUACAUAUAUACAGAUUAUUUCAUCAUGUAAUUUAAAUCAUUGAAAUUCAUGAUAUUAAUAUAAAUAAUUAAGCGAUUUAUCAAUUGAAUAGGUAUUGUAGUAUAAAAUAUUUAUUUUUAUCCUAUAAAAUAUUUAUAAAUAUAUUUUCCAUAAUGAUAAUAAUAAAUUUCGAUAAUAAAUUACCAAUUUUUCAGAUUAAA